AUGGCGAGUACACUGAUGCGGGCUGCCCGGCCGACGAUGGGCCUAUGUAAGCACAGGCUGAAUCAGACGAGCCCAGCUCAUCUAUCAAAGCCUGUCUGUUCUCAUGCCACACGUUCUGGGAGAUUCAACGGUGUCGCGGACGCCAGGGGUAGACGGGGUUUCACAAGUAGCUCUUCAUCAAAUGGCCUGCCGGCCUUGACAGAUUGGCUUCGCAUCUCAGAUGAAGUUGCCGACGCUGUGGCCAAAAAUAAGCCUCUUGUGGCGCUGGAAUCUACCAUUUACACUCACGGGGCUUUAUCGAAAGAUCUUCCCCUUGAGCAUGAAGACCUUGUCCGGAGUCUUGGUGGCAUACCUGCAAUUAUUGCAAUUGUGGACGGUGUGCCAACUGUAGGUGUCACGGGACAGGAAAUGAUCCGAAUGGUUGAAAGUGGGAAGGCUUCCAAGGUUUCACGUCGGGAUAUCUCAUAUCUGGUCGGCAUGGGCGUUGCCGGCACCAGAAUGAACGGCGGCACGACUAUCUCGGGAACCAUGUUAUUGGCAAAGCUAGCUGGCAUCAGAGUAUUUGGCACUGGUGGCCUUGGCGGAGUUCACAGGGGCGGUGAAAAUUCCAUGGAUGUGUCCGCGGAUCUCACUGAGCUGGGACGAACUCGUGUUGCUGUCAUUAGCAGCGGCUGCAAGGGAUUCUUGGAUAUUCCCCGAACUUUGGAAUACCUUGAAACCCAGGGAUGUGUUGUUUCCACCUUUGCAGACGGCCGGGAGGGCAAAAUCGACUUCCCAGCUUUCUGGGCGAGAGACAGCGGCGUCAAGAGCCCGUCUGUCGUCAAUACCGAAAAGGAAGCGGCGGCAAUGAUUCUGGCCCAAGAGCGCCUUGGAAUCGAAUCGGGUCUCAUGUUUGCUAAUCCUAUUCCAGAAAGGUUUGCUGUGCCCUCAGAUGAGAUGCACGCAGCAAUCGAGACGGCUGUGUCGGAGGCCAAUGAGAAGGGGUUUACCGGAAAUGCGAACACGCCAUAUAUUUUACAGAGGCUCAGGGAACUGUGUGGUGAUAAAGUUGUUUCCGCGAACAAAAACUUAGCUACAGCAAACAUUACCCGAGCCACAAAUGUUGCCAUCGAGUUGUCUCGUUUGCUGGCUAGCGAGCCUCGGCCAGCAGCAAGUUCUGAUAAUAGAUUUAUGCCUCCUUCGAAGCCUGCAUCUAAUAAAACACAAAAUUCAACUAGCAGCAAGUCCGAUGUCCUGGUCGCCGGCGGCGUAGCUGUCGAUCUAAGCUGUGACUAUGCCAGCUCCAAGUCUGGAGACGCUUCACCACAGCAACAUACUUCCAAUCCUGCCUCCAUCACCCAAUCCAUUGGUGGCGUUGGCCAUAAUGUAGCCUUGGCUGCCCAUUUGGCAAGCAGCCACACCAAAGUAAGCUUCUGUAGCAUGGUGGGCGAUGAUAUAGCCGGCUCGACAGUCCUGUCUUCACUACAACAAUCUGGUCUGGAUACCAGAUAUGUUCAAAAGCUAAACAGCGCAGAAUACCCUGGCAGCAGAACGGCACAAUACGUAGCCGUUAAUGACGCAAACCGAAAUCUGGUCAUGGCCAUGGCCGAUAUGGACAUUUUCACUCAACACUCUUUCCCAGAUGAAUGGCGUUCAGUCUUGAAAGCAACAUCACCGAAGUGGCUUGUUGUUGACGGCAACUGGAGCGCCACGAGCAUCAGAGAAUGGAUACACAUUGGAAAAAAUCACAAUACCAAGGUUGCGUUCGAGCCGGUAUCAGUUGCCAAGUCGAAGGGACUCUUCACUCCACAAAGUGGCAUACCCAAACUUGACAUCUUUCCACACGCCAGCGUCGACAUGGCGUCCCCCAACACUUAUGAACUGGCAGCCAUGUACGAAGUAGCCAAAGAAAAUGGAUAUCUCGACUCCCCAGAAUGGUUCGAGGUCAUCGAUGCGUUCGGCAUGAGGGGAGCACGAGAGCGAUUCGUACGACUUACAUCGGCAAAGUUGACGGAUGCUGGAGUCCCCGUGCAGUGUGUAAAUCUGCUACCAUAUAUACCUACUUUACUUACAAAACUUGGCUCAAAUGGCGUCUUGUUGACGACAAUCCUCGGCCGCGAUGAUCCCCGUCUUCGAGACAGAGACGCGGAAGAAUACAUUUUGGCAAGGGCGCCGCCAAAUCAUCCUACAGUGGGAGGAAUCUACAUGCGGCUAUUUCCGCCUGCAGAGAAAGUUGACAACAUUGUGUCAGUGAAUGGUGUUGGAGACACGUUUUUGGGUGUUUUGGUUUCGGGAUUAGCGCGGGGUGGCAGUGUGGAAAAGCUGAUUGACGUGGCUCAGAAGGGAGCGGUGUUGACAUUGAAGAGCACGCAAUCAGUAAGCCCGAAAUUGGGGGUUUUGGAGGAUAAAAUCACGAAGGCGAUUUCAUUCAGAUGA